GACGAAUAUCUUAUAAGUAGAUAAAAAAAAAAACACACGCACGCAUGUUUGAGUUAAUUGUUUAAGCAAAAAACCAGACGGAAUAAAAAAAAUAAUCGCAACGGCCAGAUCAAAGUAAUAUUUUCCGUAGGGCGUAUUGAAAGGGAUCGAAAGAUGACUUUCACGCGAUUAAAAACUCUGACACUGCUCGUGUGUACGUUACUGGCACUGAGUUUUCCCGGAUAUGUGAAUUGCGCUAAUAAAAAAGGAUCACAACCAGUUGCGGCGGCGCCUGUUGAGCCCGAGGCCGUCAUCGAGGAGGUCAAUGCCAAGCAGUUGGAGAAACUGUUGGCCGACAAGGAUUACGUUGCCGUUUUCUGGUAUGCGCGUAGCUGCGUGACUUGUGAUAAGGUUUUAGCGGAACUCGAAAAAAUCGACGAUGACACCGAUUCAUUCGGUGUGGACUUUGUGAAAAUCAACGACAAACGACUCGCCAAACAAUAUGGCAUCAAGAAUUUCCCCGCGCUCACCUAUUUCAGGGAGAAGGAACCCAUUAUCUAUGAUGGUGAUCUUAUGGAUGAGGAGGGCGUGCUUGAUUUUCUUACCUCGCUGGAGGCCAUGGAUCUGCCCGAUCGCAUUGAGGAGGUAAACGCCAAGAUCUUGCACAAGAUCAUUGAGGAUACUGACUUUGUAGCUGUGCUCUUCUGUCCUGAUCAUGAAACAUGCCCACCUAGGGUAAUGGAUAAACAACAAUGCCGCAAAUGCGCCAAGGCAUUGCAAGAAUUGGAAAAUAUCGACGAUGAGGCCGAUCAACUGGGCAUUGGUUUUGUUAAAAUACACGACGAGGCCUUGGCCGAUGAAUACAACUUGGGCAAUCUACCGGCAUUGGUCUACUAUCGCCAUCAGACGCCAAUCAUUUAUGAAGGUGAACUGCAGCGCGAGGAGGAUGUCUUGGAGUGGUUGGUGCAGAAUAAAUCGACUGGCGAUGAGGAUGAUGUUAUCGAGGAUGUUACAUCGAAGACGCUGUCAACGCUUAUCAGCAACAUUGAUAAUUUGGUUGUGUUGUUUUAUGAUCAUGGCAAUGAUGAUUCAAUGACCGUACUGGAGGAACUUGAACAGAUUGAUGAUGACUGCGACAAGCAUGGCAUACAGUUUGUUAAAAUUGAUGAUGCCAAGGCGGCAGCUGAUUAUGGCAUAGAUUCGAUUCCGGCAAUAGUAUACUUUGAAAAAGAAAUUCCAAACGUUUACGAUGGCGAUCUCAUGGAUGAGGAACAAAUACUUAAAUGGCUGCUCGGACAAUUGGAACGUGAUGAGAUCGAGGAUGUCACCGAUGAAAUGCUUGAUACAAUGGUCAAGGAAGGUCGCGUCAUUGCAGUGCUGUUCUACGACAACAACGACAAGAAAUCUCAAAAGGUGCUUGAAGAACUUGAGAACAUUGACGACGAAUGCGACGCCUUGGGCAUUACAUUUGUUAAAAUCGACAAUCCGGAGGAGGCUGUUGAAUAUGGCAUCAAUAAAGUUCCUAAACUGAUAUACUUUGAAAAAGGCAUUCCAACUAUAUACGAAGGCAAUCUGGAGGAUGAGGAGAAGCUUUUAAAAUGGCUCGAAGAACAAACGAGCUCCGAUCAAAUCGAAGACAUUACCGAUGAAAUGUUGGAUUUGAUCAUUGAGAAAAUGCCACAUGUUGCUGUGCUCUUCUAUGACAAAGAUCAAAAGAAAUCACAGAAAAUCCUCGCAGAAUUGGAAAACAUCGACGAUGAGUGCGAUCAGAAUGAUAUUGCUUUUGUUAAGAUCGAUGACGAUAAGGAAGCCAAAGAAUGGGGUAUUGAUGAGAUACCAUCGAUUGUACUCUUUGAACGUGGUAUUCCACAUAUCUACGAGGGUGAUCUGAUGAAAGAAGAUGAAUUACUCGGCUGGCUGGUGCAUCAAAAACGCUAUUCCGAAAUUCCCGAAGUUACCGAUGAAAUGAAAGACAAAUUGGUCGAGAAUACUGAGCAUUUGGCGGUUAUUUUCUAUGACAAGGAAGACAAACAGGAUAUGCGCAUAUUGAAUGAGCUGGAGAAUAUUGACGAUGAGCUCGAAAAGGAGGGUAUUGUCAUAGUGCGCAUCGAUAAUGCCGCCGAAGCCAAGGAGUAUGGCCUUGACCACUUGCCCGCUCUAAUUUAUUUUGAGAAUAAGAUUCCUGCCUUGUAUGAGGGCGAUCUUAUGAACGAGGAUGAGGUUCUGGAAUGGCUGUUGGUGCAAAAGAAAACUGCUACCAUUGAGGAAGUUACCGAUGAGAUUCUGGUUAAUUUGAUCAAUGAGCAUGAAUAUGUCGUUGUGUUCUUUACGGGUCCCUGCGAGCCAGGCGAGUCUUGCGAUCACACACUCAACGCGUUGGAAAGCAUCGACGAUGAGUUGGACGAGGCUGGCAUCAUUUUUGUUACCACUGAGGAUACUGGCAUCGCCAAGAAAUAUAAUGUCAAAACUUAUCCACGAUUGGUAUUCUUCAGAAAUCGCGAUCCAUUGCACUUUACUGGUGAUUUGGAUGAUGAAGACGAAGUGUUGGCUUGGAUUACCGAUGAUGAAACUUUGGAGAUUCCCGGUAAAAUCGAAGAAGUCAACGUUAAAAUGUUGGAUAAAAUUUUGGCCGAAAACGAUCAUGUUGUCGUGUUCUUCUAUGCUGAAGGCGAUAAAAAAGCACAGAAAAUCUUAAACGAAUUGGAGAACAUUGAUGACGAAUGCGAGGAAAAAGACAUCGACUUUGUAAAGACAUCCGACGACGAUAUUGAUAAGGAAUACGAUUUGCCCGGUUUGCCGGCGCUUGCAUUUUAUAGACAUAAGUUUAGAACAAUUUACACCGGUGACCUGAUGAAGGAAGAGGAAAUUCUGGAAUGGGUUAUUGAUUUGCAUGAGUCUACAGCUGACGUUAUAGAAUCUGUCGAUCGCAAAACACUGCAAGUGUUGAUCAACGAUGUCGAGCAUUUGGCUGUUUACUUCUAUGAUGACGAAUGUGAAUCGUGCGCUGGCAUUUUGGAAGAAUUGGAGAACAUUGAUGAUGACACAGAUAAGCAUGGCAUUCAGUUUGUUAAGUCGAAUGAUGUUAAGCUGGCUCAUGAGAUUGGCAUUUUCGCAUUCCCAGCCUUAGUCUACUACGAGACAGGUGUUCCGAUCAUGUAUGAUGGUAGCCUUGAAAGCAAUCAGGAAGUGUUCAAUUGGAUACUGGAGCAAAAGGCCGAUCAAAGCAUUGAGCUGAUCAAUCGCGAUCAGCUAAUUGAGUAUAUAGGCACCAAAGACUUUUUAGCGGUUAUCUUUUAUAAAGAGGACGAUCCGGAUUCGCCGCGCGUGCUGCGACACAUUGAGUUAAUCGAUGAUGAGGCUGCUGAAUAUGGCAUUUAUAUAGUCAAAAUGCAUGACAAACUGAUGGCCAAAAAAUAUGGCUAUAGAAAUCCGCCGGGCUUAACCUAUUUCCGCAAAGGCAAAUACAUAAACUAUGAUGGCGAUAUAGAUGAUGAGGAGGAAGUGCUUGACUGGCUAACAAGUCCAGCUAAUAUGGAAAUGACGGAUCACAUAGAGCAGGUCAAUCGCAAAAUGUUUGAGAAAAUACGCAAAAACUCGGACUAUGUAGCGGUUAUAUUCUAUAGCGAUGAGUGUAAGCAAUGUCCACGCGUUUUGGCGGAGGUGGAGCAUAUUGAUGAUGAUGCGGAUAAGGCGGGCAUUGAUUUUGUCAAAAUAGAUGAUAAGCAAAUGGCCAAGGAGUAUGGCGUCUUUGCUCUGCCUGCCAUAGUGUUCUUUAAGCCAACCAGCAAGGAGCCAGUUAUUUACGCCGGUGAUCUUUAUGAAGAAGAACAGAUCCUAACUUGGUUGCUUACGCAAAAGGAUCCAAGCGGAGAUGUUAUUGAAGAUCUCGAAGGCGAUAGACUUGUUCAAUUAAUUGAAGAGUCUGGCUCCAUUGCCGUCUAUUUCUGGAACAAAACCAAGUGCGAUAUUUGCAAUUCGAAAGCGGCGCGCAAGGCGCGUAUGAAAAAGGAACGUGAGCAGCAUCAGCAGGAGGGCGGCACUGCCAGUGCCGCUGCCGCUUUUGGCAGCGAUCCCGAAUCAGCGAACGCUGCUGAUGGAGCGGGCGGCGAAUCGGCAACAGGGGAUGCCGCUUCAACGCAUGCGGGAGGCAAACAUGAAGAUGAUGCCGAUGGCUGUGAGCAAUGCACCAAAGUGCUAGAGGAGCUGGAGAACAUAGACGAUGAUUGCGAUAAACAUGGCAUUACCUUUGUUAAGACUAGAGAUUUCUCCGUUGCCGAUGGUUAUGGUGUUCAUGAGUAUCCAGCGCUGGUUUACUUCGAGGGCGGCAUACCAAAUGUAUUUGAAGGCGAGCUUAGCGAGGAGGAAGAGGUGCUGCAAUGGCUGAUUACACAAAAAACCGAAGAUCGCAUUGAGCUGAUCACACGUCAGAUGCUGGAGACUAUGGUCGAGGAAACGCAAUAUCUAGCGGUAUACUUCUACAAAAUCAACUGUAAUAUCUGUGAUCAGAUAUUGGAGGGUCUGGAACUAAUUGAUGACGAAUGCGAUGUUUUUGGCAUACAUAUGGUUAAAAUUCAAGAUCCACAGCUGGCCAAACGGUAUUCGAUAAAGACUUUCCCGGCAUUGGUAUACUUCCGAAAUGGCAACCCCUUGCUGUUUGAGGGUGAUCUGCAAAAUGAACAAUCCGUAUUGGAGUGGCUUAUCGACGAUGAUAAUCGCGAACUGGCAGAUGAAAUUGAGGAGGUUAACGAUCGCAUGUUGGAACGCCUUAUGGCUGAGUCUACUUUGUUGGUGGUAUUCUUUUAUGAUGAUGACUGCGCCGAGUGUGAGGAAAUAUUGGAGGAACUGGAAGAGAUUGAUGGCGAGGCUGAUAUGUUUGGCAUUGAUUUUGUAAAAAUUGCAAGCGCUGAGGCGGCCAAAACUUAUGAAAUUGUUAAUAUACCUUCACUGGUUUAUUUCCGCAAACAAGUGCCUGUGCUGUAUGAUGGAGACUUGCAUCAGCAUGAUAAGGUUAUCACCUGGCUAACGUCACAGGAUGUAUUUGAAAUUAAAAACGAAAUCGAAGAAGUUAAUCGUAAAAUGCUCGAUAAGCUGCUGGAAGAAAACGAAUUCUUAUCCGUGUUCUUUUAUGAGCACAAUCAUCCAGAUAGCACUGCUGCCUUGGAGAAAUUGGAGAACAUUGAUAGCGAAACGGAUAAUUUGGAUAUAACCUUUGUGAAAAUGGCCGAUUCACGUUAUGCCAAGAAAUGGGGCGUAACCAAGCUGCCAGCUAUGGUUUAUUUCCGUCGUCGUUUUCCCAGCAUAUAUAGAGGUGAUCUGCUCUCUGAGGACGAAGUGUUGGAAUGGCUGCGCAAGAAUCGUUUCCGCCAGCCCGAACUAAAUAUAUUUAUGUACGCUCUGAUAGCUUUGGCAUUGGCCUUUGUCGUCUAUACGGCAUUCUUGCUGCAGUGCUUCAAGCCAGCACCACCACCGCCUGUGCAGCAUCCCAAGCAAUCAUGAUCAAGCAUAUGAAAGAGGAUUUCUGCUUGCCAAUAAGAAAGGCACCGGUAAACUAGCACCAAGGCGUGCAGUGUCCGUGAGAAAAAUUGAGAAGCGAAUGUGAGAGAGCAAAUGAGAUUUAAAAACGAAGCAUACAUACAAACAACACAUACACACACACAUACAUACAUCAUGCAUUAACGAACUAUCAUCAGUCAAUCGUCUAAAUUAGACGCCGAUAAGAAAAGCCAAACGACAAAUAUAAAUAAACUUUUUGUAACGAAAGUGCCGAAUGCUGACCCAAGUAUUGUGUAAAAAGUCCUUGGUGACAACAACAUUUCAAGUAUAAUGACAACAACAACAACAAAAAAGUAAAAAUAUAAACCGUUGAAAAUUUAUGUGUUAACUGU